GCGCGCGACCCUGGAACGCCGCUGGCGGCGUGCGAGACGGCUGCGACGGCCACGGCACCCAAGUAAGCGGUGCGCCAGCAACCCCUUCUUCCCCGCCCGCGACGCGCCCGCCACGCUCGCCUCCGUUCGGGAUCCGUUUCCUCUCUCUGGAGCCCAGACAGCGGCGAGCACUCAGGAUAUAUUUUUACCAUCAUGGAUCGGUUUAUAGAUAUAUCAGAAGGUGAAGUGGACCAUUCCUUCUUUGACAGUGACUUUGAAGAAGCAGAGAAAUGUGAAAGUAACUCAGUUUUUGGCAAGCAAAAUGAUGACCCUAAAGAGAGAAUAGAUAAAGAUACAGAAAAUGUAAACUUGAAUUUUGGAAUACAAAGGAAGGAAAAUGCAAUAAAGGAGAAAAUUACUCCAGAACACCACCCUGUAGAAAAUGAUAAUAUGCAAACCAGAAAUUCUUUAUCAUUGACCACUUCAAGAUCAAAAAAAUUGUGGGAUGCUACAACAGGGCAUAAAAUACACUUGCCCACUCCAAGUAGAAGUCCCAAAAUUAUAAAAGAAGGUGAAGAUGAUUAUUAUACAGAUGGAGAGGAAAGCAGUGAUGAUGGGAAAAAGCAACAUGUCAGGUCCAAGUCAGCUAAACCAUCUAAUAACUUUAAAAAAAACAUAAGUAAAAAGUAUUCCAAAAGUAAUUCCUCCUCCUCCUCUUCCUCUUUGUCCUCCUCAUCUUCAAGUUCAGGCACAGAUUGUUCAGAUGCAGGGUCUGAUAUCUGUAUUUCUGAUUCAUCGCCAUCAUUAAAGAAACGUCUAUGUGGUGUAACCCACUUGUCACCAAAACAGAAAUAUAAACCAGGAAUGAAAUCAACAGGAAUACAGCCUUCAAGUGCUAAACCAACAGUCAAUGACUCCCAUGAGGAAUCUGAAGAUACUGUGACAGAUGUCACUCCUCUGUCAACUCCAGACAUCAGCCCUGUUCAAUCUUUUGAACUGGGAGCAUCAAAUGAUCAAAAAGUAAAAGUUAAAAGGCAAGAAAACGUGAGUCAAGAAGUAUAUGGAAAUGUUGAGGAUUUAAAAAAUAAUUCAAAAUUGAUGAAAUCAACCAAAAAAGGGCAAGAAAAACAUGGGCCUGAUCUCACAUCAAAAUCUUCAGUGUUAGAUUCCAGUUCAGACCACAGAUAUAAACAAAAAGCCUUACAUGACACAAUGGACCUCAAUCAUCUGUUGAAAGCAUUUCUGCAGUUAGAUAAAAAAGGACCACAAAAACAUCACUUUGAUCAGCCUUCGGUAGCACCAAGGAAAAACUACUCUUUCACAAGAGAGGAAGUGAGACAGAUUGAUAGGGAAAAUCAGAGGCUUUUGAAAGAACUGUCAAGACAGGCUGAAAAAUCAGGAAACAAAAGUACGAUUCCUAGAAGAUCGAUUGUUCAUCCCCCUAAGUUAUAUCAUAGUGCCCUCAACAGACAGAGGGAACAACAAAGGAUUGAAAGAGAAAAUUUGGCUUUAUUGAAAAGGCUUGAAGCUGUGAAACCAACAGUUGGUAUGAAACGCUCUGACCAACUGAUGGAUUAUCAUCGCAAUAUGGGUUAUCUCAGCUCAUCACCAUCCUCAAGACGAGUGAGAUCAACUCUUGGCCAGUAUAGCCCAUUAAGAGGAGCUUCUAGAACCUCCAGUGCUACCAGUGGUCUCAGUUGUAAGAGUGAGCAACCAGUUUUUGACACGUCAAGUGGCCUGUUGCUAAGACCUAAGCCCCCUAAUGUUCGUACAGCUUGGUUAUAAAAACUUUUUGCUUUAAGCAUUGUUCAUCCAGUUCUUAUUGAAGUGCUCUUGUACAUUACUACAAUUCUCUGUGUAAACAUCUCUAAUUUAAGAUAUACAACGAGUUAUAAUUUUAUUGUAAUUCAAUGCAAAAUUGUUCUCAAAAAGACAGUGUAAAAUCUGUUUCCUAUGAGGAUGUGUUUCUAUGAGAUGUAUAUGUAUUUGAUAGAGAAAUGGUAGUAUGCAUGUAUAUUUUCUCAACAUAGAAAUUGAUUCAGCUCUUAUACUGAUGAAACCGUUGUGAUAAUAUUGCUAUAGCACAUUGGACCCAAGAUGUUAACAAUACUGUUCUUGUUUUAUGUGGUUUUUUAGAAGCUUUAAACCAUGAGCAUAGCUCCUAAAUUUGACUUUUUCUCUUUGCUCCAGAAUUUAGAUGGUAUAACUCAUAAUUUGAUUGUAAGACUUGAUUGUACACUUUCUUAUUAUGAAACAGAACUUGAACUUGUUUUCAUUGGGGGAGCUGAUUUAGAUUUGGUGAGCAGAUUGAGAGAAGCUUGUGCUAGGGCAGUCCUUGUGAUUCACCAAAGGCAUCUACUACCUCUGUAUAAGUGUGCUGAGUUAGAUCUGAAAAAUGUGAUCAACCAUUCCAGACCAUUUCAAACUGUGAGUAUUAGGAAGUUCAACUUGGAAGGCCCUCUUCCAUAUUCUUACACAUUGAGGUAAAAUACCACUGAUGAUUCUGAAAAAUGAGGUAGACUUUAGAGCUACAGUCCACUACAUUGUGAAUAGGUUGUCCAAGGACCAGAUAUGACCAUAAGCAAAUAGUUGUUGAGCAAAAUAGCACCACCAGUUUGAGGAGCCAAGAAGCAGAUCCUCAGUUGUGUCUGAACAGUGUUUUAAGUGAUACUGUUGACAAGUUGUGUUAUGUUUAGUGUUUGCUGUAUUGAGAGAGAAGAUAAGAAGUGCAUGGUAUUGAAGCUUUAGAAAUUCCAACUACAGUUUUUAAGAGCUGAGAAAGAAAACUAAAAUAUAAAUGGUAAAGGAGAAAUAUCACACAUUUGUUGAGGCUCCUUUAAAUGUCAUGUAAUAUUCUUGUAUUGUUUGGUUUGGGCUUUUGGGUUGAAUCCUGGAAGUACCAUUUUUUACAAUGCCACUUUUGAAAUCCUAGUAAUCUUAAUGGAAUUAGUAAUGGCAAAUAGGGUGUCGUAUAGUUGACUUUUGAAAUUAGAAUAUUUUUCUGUCAACCUGUGGGCUCUCAUUUCAUAGAACAAAGUGUAUCUCAGUUGUGGGUGCUUCUGCUGUCUUGGUCAUCAUUGUUUCAUUACUGGCCUUUUCAGUAUACCUUUGGAAUGUACUGGAAAGUUUCCAUUUUAAAUGCCAAAUCUUUUUUUUAAAACAAAUUCUUGAUCUGUAGCCACAAUAAUAUUUGUUGUUUAUUUUUCCAAGUUAGCGCAAGCUUUGUAGCAUGUUUUCCUGAACUUAUUUUUCUUAACCACCUUGGGCAGUAAGCCAGACUGCAUUUUGCUAAACUAUCAGUUCAGAAUUUCUUGGUAUUAAGUUGGUAUUGAUGGAUUUUUGUCUAGGAUAGGGCCUGUGAAGUGUGGGAACAAUGGUGUUAAAAAAAAUUCACAUGACCACAACCUGGCUGAGAUUUUUCGCUGCUUUCUUUAUGCUGUAAUGUUUGUUCAUUGUUAUUUGAUGCUGUGUUCUGGUGACCGGGUUCUUAGAUCAUUUAGUGCUCUGCUUUAUUUAUUAAUUGUAGUUAUACUAAACCAAGCGUGUUUUGUUUUGUUGUGUUUUUAGCUUAUUGCACUUUUAAUGUUUGUAUAACAACUUAUCUUUACAAAGAGUUAAGAUAAUGCUGAAUUUAAAACUCAGCAUUUGGACACCUGCCUGAUAUUGUAAGCCAGUUUUUAAAAAUUGGGUUUUAAGUUGUUAGGGAAAAAUACAUGUAUAUAUGAAACCUUUAAAACCUUUUACAUUCAUAAUGACAUUGGUCUCUGAAUAUAUUUUAUAUGGCCUUUGCUGUCCUAUGUCCAGAUACAACACAAAAUUUUAUAGAUAAAGCUAUACUUUGAUUUUAGAUACUAAUUUAAUGCCUUUAGUUUUUACUGCUUUAACAAGGGAGGUUAAGUAUUGCUGAUAUCAGGGAUUCAACUUGAAGUAAACGUUGGGAAGAGCAACAAUAUUCAUCUUUUCAAGGCAGAAUUUGUAAUUCUUUUGUCAUUAUUAUUCCUAUAUGAUAAGUAAAAAUAGAAGGUUAGGAGUUGAAUAUGCUAUUCUCUGAUAAAAGUCAAGGUACUUUGAAGUUGUUAUGGUUUAGGGACACUUUUACGAAGGAAUCAUAAGUAUACUAUUUUCAUUUUCAAGAACUUAUAAAAAGGUAAAGGAUCAUCUAGCACUGUUAUAUAUUUGGUUCACUUGGACCUAAUACAUACAUUCUUUGAAGAUUUACAUCUGCAACUAGAAAUUAUACUAAUCCAAGAUCUAAUAUUAUUAGGCAAGAUUCUUACUGAGAAUUAUUCUCAUAUCUGUCAAAUGUUAAACUAAUGCUGCCUCCUAAAUUUUAGUAAGAUUUUAUGAAAGAUUUUGAACUAUUAAGAUUAUUUCCUAAGGGAUAGCUGUUAUCUCACACUUUCCCUACUUUUUUUUCAAUUUCCAUUAAAAAGCUGCAUUCUCCAAAUAAAAUUUUUCUGUUUUGCUUAUAAAUGUAGUGUAAUGCAGUUGUUUUCAAACCAUUAACCCAAUGUCCAAAAUGGAUAUCUAGACAACUUUAAAAAGAGGUCAUUGUGAUGCUUGUGUGCUUCUCAUCUUCAGAUUCAAAUACUGCACACUAUGAAAAGUAUUAUGACCAAUAGAAAGUUGGAGACACAAGUUGAAUUUAUUUUAAUUAAAUUCAUAAAAUGUUUAAUAUCUUAAAAGCCAAAAUCUUAACCUAUACAUGAUUGUAUACCAUCCUAAAAAAUGUUCUUAAUGGUAAUGGCUACUUUAUUUCCAUGAAUAAAUUAGUAAUAAACUUAAAACUCAACA